CGGAUGUCCCGGGCUGCGCGCCGAGGCUGGGCUCUGUGCCUCGGCCGUUCCUGUCGCGGCUGCUUCUUGGUGCUGUCCCAGGAGCUUGUCCUCCGCUCCCGCCCCCAAGAUCUGCCCACCGUCCCGCGCCCGGCCGCCCCGCCAUGGGCCUGGAGCUCUACCUGGACCUGCUGUCGCAGCCCUGCCGCGCCGUCUACAUCUUCGCCAAGAAGAACGGCAUCCCCUUCGAGCUGCGCACGGUGGAGCUGCUCAAAGGUCAGCACCACAGUGAUGCCUUUGCCCAGGUGAACCCCCUGAGGAAGGUGCCGGCCUUGAAAGACGGGGACUUCACCUUGGCUGAGAGUGUGGCUAUCUUGCUGUAUCUGAGCCGCAAGUACAAAGCCCCUGACCACUGGUACCCCCAGGACCUGCAGGCCCGCGCCCGCGUGGAUGAGUACCUGGCAUGGCAGCACACGGCCCUGCGGAGUAGCUGCUCCCGGGCCCUGUGGCAGAAGAUGAUGUUCCCUGUGUUCCUUGGUGAGCCGGUUCCCCCAGAGACAUUGGCAGCCACUUUGGCUGAGCUGGACAGGUGCCUUCAGCUGCUUGAGGACAAAUUUCUGCGGGACCAGGCCUUCCUCACUGGGUCCCAUAUUUCCCUGGCUGACUUGGUGGCCAUCACAGAGCUGAUGCAUCCUGUGGGCGCUGGCUGCCAAGUCUUCGAAAGCCGACCCAAGCUGGCCGCAUGGCGACAGCGCGUGGAGGCAGCGGUGGGGGAGGAUCUCUUCCAGGAGGCCAAUGCAGACAUCCUGAAGCUCAAGGACCUGCCUCCGGCAGACCCCGUCACGAAGGAGAAGCUGAGGCCCUCAGUGCAGGCUUUGUUGCAGUGAGCGGGCGGUCUGUGCUGGCAGAACACAGAGAUGGAGCUGCCUGGCUCCUUGGCUGUAAGGACUCCCAUCCUAGUGGGCUCUGGUCCCUAGCACCCUCCAGGCAUCGUGCCUGUGUGUGUUCCUUUUGUCUCCCCACCCCACUUUCCCUUCUGUUCCAGCUUCCAUGUGACCUCUGGAAACUGCUUUAGUAAACACUUAAUCAACCUUG